AUGGUUUCUUACACUUUCAAAUGGCCGCACGCCGGCGACGAGGUCUACGUGACCGGGACCUUUGACAACUGGAGCAAGAGCGAGCAGAUGGAAAAGGUCGGCGACAAGUUCGAGAAGAGCGUCGACCUGCCCGACACCUCCGAGAGGAUAUACUACAAGUUCGUCGUCGACGGCACCUGGACCUCCAACCCAACAGAUCCCAAGGAAAAGGACGAGAGCGGCAACGAGAACAACGUCCUCACCCCGGAAACCCUCCUAGCAAGUCUGCCCGCCGCUGCCGCCAUCAUGAACUCCGCCAGCGCAGAUUCCACCACGGCGCAAUUGGCCAAGGACGUUCCCCUCGAGAAGGACGUCAAGGCUCAGCCCGAGCCCGAGCCCGAGACCAAGACUGAGCAAGCGGAUGAAAAGCCCUCCGACCUGCCCGGCACUUUCCCCGAGACGCCUGCCGCUGACGAGCUCCUCAACCCCAUCGGCAUCAACCCUCUCCCUGCUGCCGCUGGUGGACUCAACCCCAUCAAGCUCGCGCCUGGCGAGCCGGUACCCAACGACAUCAAGACCGCCGAUGUCAACUCUAACGUCAAGCUGGACGCCGAGUCCUACGAGAAGAGUGACGCCCUGCCUGGAGUGGACUCCAAGGACCUGAGCGUGCCCCCGGUUGCCGGCACAAUGAUCCCCGAAUCUAGUCUUCCAAUCGGGACCGGAAACCCCCACAUUAACUCUGUCAGCGCCGACUCGACAACGGCAGCUCUGGCCGCGGAAGUGCCAAAGGAGCCCAAGGUCCCCGAGGUCGUCAAGGAGAGCCAGGACAAGGCUGGCGUCGACCCAGAAGCCAGCGGCAUAGCAGAGGAGGUCAAGGACAAAGAGAAGGUGGAAGAGGAGCUGAAGGACAAGGUUCCCGAAGCCCCGUCAACGUCCGAGGGCACCGCUGGCAAGGGAACUGAGAAGUCCGAGACUGACAAGACAUUGCUUGAGACCGCUGCGGCUACCGCUGCAGGUGUCGGUGCUGCUGCCUUAGCCACCGCCGUUGCCACCAAGGACAAGGCCAUCGAGACCGCUGCCCCUAUCGCUGCCCAAAACCUGCCAGACUCUGUCAAGCAGCAGCUGCCCAACUCCGUCCAGGAGACAAUCAAUGCGAGUGGCGCGGAGAAGACGAUCGAGACAGUCUCUCCUGAAGUCCCGUCCGAGGUCAAAGACUCCAUCGUCGAGGCUGGCAAGAACCCUGAGGCUGCCGCGAACACCGCCGCUGUUGAGGACAAGAAGGCUGUCGAAGCCGAGCUCCUCAAGGAGGUCAAGCCUGUUGAGCCAACAGAGGGCUCCAAGUCUGAGCCAGCCAAGGCGACAGAGGACGCAGACAAGGCCACCACCGACGCACCAAAGGUUGUGGAGCCGCCUGCCGCCGCUGUAGACGUGCCCAAGGUCAGCGAGCCUACUGGCAACGGAGCCAGCAAUGGCGCCACUGCCAACGGCGCUGAGGCGCCCGCGACCCCGUCCAAGAACAAGGACACGAAGCCCGCAGAUGCCGCGACUCCCAGCUCGGCCACCUCGGAGCAGAAGAGGAAGAACCGGAUCAGCGGUUUCUUUGGCAAGAUCAAGUCCAAGAUUGCGAACAAGGAUGCGAAUAAGGAGGCCAGCAAGGAGGCCAGCAAAUAA